AUGAUUAAAUGUAUUUUAUUGUAUUUAAUAUGUAACAUAACUGUGAAAUGUAUUAUAUUAAAUGGAAAUAUACCAAGUUGGAGAUUAUUUGGCAAAAAUUGCACAGUUGACUCCUUGGCUCAGGAACUGUACAGAUAUAACCUUAACAAAUCUGACCAACACACUAGUAUUAAACCUGAAGUUGUAGAUUCUACUCGUGAAGAUAAAAAUGUAAUUAAAAAUUUUUGUAUAAAUCAGCAAAAUUUAAUUUUAAAACAAUUACUAUUACCUUCUCUUAAAAAUUAUAAAACUUCAACCAACACAUCUAAUAAUUCUACAAAUUCUCAAAACACACCUAAAGCUGAGGAUAAAUGGGAGUUUAAAGUUAAUGAUGAUAGUAAUAGGAUAAGGUGUUCUGUUUUAUCUGAUGUGCCAUCUGGCACUGUGAUGGUUCGGCCUCUUAACAGUAAGGCUGAAUUCACUUCACUUCCUGUUUUAAACACUCUUUUUCGCACCAGAACAAACAUCAUAAAGCUUAUGUACCCAAAAUAUAACAUAAAGAACCUUGAUCAAUUGUACCAUUAUGCCUCAUUACAAACAAUGUUGAUACGAGAAAUGUGUGCGAAUGACCGUUUACGUCGUUUAUUUGUUGGAUCAACUCUUUUAUACGGGAUAAAGAUGAGUCAGGAGAUAAUAUUAGACCUGUUUUUUUAUAUGAUUAGGUCUAAAAUAUUUUGGAAUCGCACUGUUUACUCCUACUGGUCCCAGUCUCUAUCUGUACCUAUACCUCUCCUAAUCUUAACUGUUAACAAUGUUAUUAAUAUGUUUCUAAACACUGUUGGUUUUGUGGAUUCCAAAUUGAAGGAUCACCUUGUUACUCUUGAGGGCUUAAUGCUCAACAGGGAUUUAAGGAAACGUUUCGAAAAUGUUUAUAUCAAAGACAAUAGUGGGUUAAUUAAAUUACAUCAAAAUCAUCUUGAUUCUUAA